ACCAGCAGAGCUGGGCCAGUGCCGCUCUGGGCUGGGGAGAGCCUCGGGAUAGGGAGAAGCUACGAUGUUGCCCUAGCCUCCCGCGGGCACGGUUCACUGAGGGAGGCUCCUGCGGGGAGCUGCCGCUCGCUGCCAGUGGAAAGAGAAGUCGGCAAUGAAGGCACAGAGUCUGAGUAGGGAGCACCCGAGCGACUCUCCUCCAGGGCUCGGGGCCAGGAGGGGACCCCUCUACUUCUGCUUUUGUAGUGGGGUCAUGGAUCUCCAGCUGACGACCAACAGCACCGACUCCAGCGACCGCGGGGGGUCCUCCAACGAGUCCCUGUGGGCCGCGGAGAGGCAGCCCCCGAGCCAGUAUUCGCCCGCGGAGGUGGCUGGCUUGGCGGCGGUGGUGAGCUUUCUCAUCGUCUUUACCAUUGUGGGCAACGUGCUGGUGGUGAUCGCUGUGUUGACCAGCCGUGCCCUGAAAGCACCCCAAAACUUGUUCCUCGUGUCCCUGGCCAGCGCUGACAUUCUGGUGGCCACUUUGGUCAUGCCCUUCUCGCUGGCCAACGAGCUCAUGAACUACUGGUACUUUGGCAAGGUGUGGUGCGACAUCUACCUGGCGCUGGACGUCCUCUUCUGCACCUCCUCCAUAGUGCACCUGUGCGCCAUCAGCCUGGACCGCUACUGGUCCGUGACGCAGGCGGUAGAAUACAACCUGAAACGUACCCCACGCCGGAUCAAAGGCAUUAUCGUGACGGUGUGGCUCAUCUCGGCCAUCAUCUCCUUUCCUCCGCUUAUCUCCUUCUACCGGGACCCGGAGGAAGGCCAGUACCCCCAAUGCGACCUCAACGAUGAGACGUGGUACAUCCUGUCCUCUUGCAUCGGUUCCUUCUUCGCGCCCUGCAUCAUCAUGGUGCUGGUCUACGUGCGCAUCUAUCGGGUGGCCAAGCUGCGGACUCGGACGCUGUCUGAGAAGCGCACGGUGCCCGAGGGCUCGUCCCAAACGGAGAACGGGCUCAGCCGGCCGCCCGUGGGGGCAGGCCCCUCGACCGCCGCCGCUGCUGCCACCUCCCUGCGUCUUCAGGCUGGGGAGAAUGGGCACUACCACCUCCACCAUCACCACCACCACCUUCACCAUCACCACCACCAUCACCACCACCAGCUGCGGAAGAGUGCCGAGCUCGAAGACAUCGAACUGGAGGAGAGCAGCACCUCUGAGAACCGGCGCCGGCGGCGCAGCAAAGAGGAGGCGGCAGCCCGCAAGGGCAGCCGCGGCUUCUCUUUCUCCUUUUCCUCCACCAAAGGAGGCCCGUCGGCUGGUGCUGGGAGUCGCCUGUCCCGGGCCAGCAACCGCUCCCUCGAGUUCUUCUCGUCCCACCGGCGCCGCAAGCGCAGCAGCCUGUGCCGCCGAAAGGUGACACAGGCCCGAGAAAAGCGCUUCACCUUUGUGCUGGCUGUGGUCAUGGGCGUGUUCGUCGUUUGUUGGUUCCCUUUCUUUUUCAGCUACAGCCUGUAUGGCAUCUGCAGGGAGGCCUGCCAGGUGCCCGAGACUCUCUUCAAGUUCUUUUUCUGGAUCGGUUAUUGCAAUAGCUCCCUCAACCCAGUUAUCUACACUAUCUUCAACCAAGACUUCCGGAGGUCUUUCAAGCACAUCCUGUUCAAAAAGAAGAAGAAGACCUUCUUGCAGUGA